UCCAUUUUUAAUACUAUGUUGGUGAUCAGUUAUGUUCUUUGAUGUUCGUUUAUUUUUAGUCGAUCAUUUGCUUUUUGAAACCAAUGAAAUAUUCAUUUUUAUGAAAUCAUAUACAUGACAUUAAAAAUACUGAUUUAAAAUACUGCAAUUAGUGCAUUAUCAUUUUUGGCCAAACACUGAUUCGGACUGUCGGACAGGAAGUAAAUAUACGACAUUCAAACGAUAUUCAAAUUGAGGAUUAUACAUAUUCCUGUCAAAGAGCAAGCGCCCUCUUGUAGAAGCGUUCAUAGAGUUUUUAAGAGUUAAAUUCUUUAAGAGCUGUUGUUAUAAUGUCAUGAAUGUUGUGUCUUUGUUUAUGGUCAAGACGCCUUGAGAAGAAAUUUAUUAUCAUAACCAAUGGCCAAUAAUGGCAACAUUGCCAAUGGCAGUGAACCUCGCCACGACGAAAUGUUCUCUGUGCGAUCAAAAAUUUUAAAGACUCCCCCUAAAGGAGGCUCUUCAUCUCUUUGUAAUGGAGACACGAGCAAUUAUAUUGGGGAAGAAAGUAGUGGUGUUUAUUUUGCAAAGAAGCUUGAUGAAGAAGAACAAAGAAUAUCAAAGCUAUGUUUUGCUGUUCAAUUGCAAAUGUGGGAGAAAAGUCCACCUGAAGAAGUGAAAGGUAAAAUUAGAGCUGCAACUGGAAAAGCAAGACUUUUGAUGUCAAGCAAGUUCAAACAAUUUAAGAACUUGUGUGAUUUGAAUGCAGGAAUAGUCACGUCUGCUGAUGGAAAAAUUCCUACAAAAACAGAUUUGGAAGGCUUUUGGGACCUAGUUAUGCUUCAGGUUGUUGAUGUGGAUUCACAGUUUGAGAAGAUUGAAAAUUUAAGAAAAAAUGAUUGGAUUGAUGUUGAGCCUCAAGUCAAUCAUUUAAAGACACAAUCGAGUACAACCGCAAGCGAUGGUAAAAUUUCCCCCAAGAAAAAGAGCUCGCUGACGAAGGCAACUUCAAGCCCUAACAAGAAGUCAAAAGAGAACGAGGCAAAAAAACGACAAGAAGCUCGGAAAAGGUUGGCGGAAGCGAAAAAAGCUGCAAGAAAAAGAUUGGAAGAGAAUACAUCUGAUGGAGACGUUAUACUAACUUCGUCACCAACAGUUCCACUUGAUCAAUCUCAUGCACAAUAAAUGGCUUGAAGAAGAUGAAAACGUAGAGUAUAGUAAGAUUUUAAAAUAUAAGAAAUUUUUUUUAUUGCAGAUAGGGAAAAGAUCUAUCUUCGAUUUCCCUUCAUACUGUGAUAGCUAUGUAGGCGUUCAUUCUAUCCGCUACAGUGUCUUUACUGGUUAUCUAUCUUGGUGACGAUUCUACCACUAAAUAUAAAUGAAAAAGCUACUUAUAGUACGAAUGUACUAAGACUGGUGGCAAUCUCAGCUUAUGGACCAGAAUUUCAUACUUUAUCCAAAAGUUUAUAGUUUAUAUGUACGUAGGGCUCUAAACUGUUUUUGCCUAGACUUUGUUGAAACAAGUCCAAUGACUUGUAACGCCAGUCCUACAGACUUGGAUGUGUUUAUCCCCUUUGUCGCAUCAAAGAAAGUUGCAGUUUCACGAUUGUAAUAAACACGAAGUCACGAAGUUCAUCUUUAAUGCGGCGAACUUAAAAUUUGUUCUGUUCUUUUGUAAUAUGAAAGUAUCCAUUGAGCGAGAGCAACAAGGUUUUGCACAAAAACAGAAACCUUUUCUUUUGAUAUCUUCGGCGAUGUAAAUUUGUAUUUAAUAAUUGUUAAGUAUAUUGCUUUUAUUGUGCAUGGGGCUCGUUUAGUUCACAAUACCUGAACUUUUUGCUCUCUGUAAAAAGACAUGAGUGUCAAGAUAUAAAGAACUUUUGUUCCAAUUCACUCGUUUAUGCGCCCAUUACAAUCACCGUUGGGCCAUGGACGAAAUUAUUUUUUAUUUGUCAACUGAGAACAUAUCUAAUCUCAAUGAAUUAAAAAUUAUGUAAUAACGAUUAGUACUUUGGACUUGAAUUGUGAAUGAUAUUUGAAUCAUGAAAGCUAUUUAUUUCUUAACACACUUCAGAAUAAAAUUUUAAUUAUCACAA